UUUUCCUGUUUCCGCCUGUCAGACGUUGAGAUCAGAGACGCCUACCUGCCAUCGUGUGUUUAUACUGGUUGUUCAUACCCGUUCGAUUUCAUUGCUGGAUAAUAUUUAGUGAAAAGCGUGCGAAGACACGCCGGCCAGCAGUAAAUUACAUGAUUUAAGUGGACAUCAACUUUAAGUUCGUAUCUGUGAGAACGUCACAAUGGCUUGGCGUUUCAAAGCAUCUAAAUAUAAAAAUGCAGUUCCGAUUGUACCCAAACCAGAAGCUUGUAUUCGGGAUAUAUCGGUUGGGUCUUAUCAGACCUAUGGCAACAACAUUGCUGCAUCUGCUGCUUUCAUGGCAUUCAAUGUAGAUCAUAAUGGAUCUAGUCUUGCUGUGUUACCACUGGAAGAUUGUGGUAGAAAAAGUAAAACUAUGCCUUUACUUCAUGCUCAUGCUGAUACAGUGACUGACAUGGAUUUUUCUCCAUUUCACGAUGGUUUAUUAGCUACUGGUUCUCAAGACUGUCUUGUGAAGCUGUGGCAUAUUCCAGAAACUGGAUUGGAAGAAUCUCUAUGCAAUCCUGAAUGUACCUUCUCCCAUCGUCAGAGAAGAGUAGAAGCAGUGUGUUGGCACCCUGCAGCUGAACACCUUCUCACAACAGUGUCAUACACAAACCUGUCUUUGUGGGAUGUGAUUUCACAGCAAGAACUAUUCUCUAAUAAUGAACACACAGAAGUCAUCCAAUCUCUAAGUUGGAAACAAGAUGGUGUACUUUUAGCAACAUCAUGUAAAGACAAGCAAGUGAGGAUUAUUGAUCCCCGAACUGCUUCUUGCAUCGUUAAUUCAUGCUCGAGUCAUCAAAGUAUCAAAGACUCCCGAAUUGUUUGGCUGAACAAUAGCGACAGGAUACUAACUACAGGAUUCGACGCGGCGAGACUCAGGCAGGUUUAUAUAAGGGAUUUAAGGCAUCUGAACGAACCUGUGAAAACGCUGGAAUUAGAUUGCAGUACCGGAAUUCUAAUGCCCCUAUUCGAUCCUGACACAAACAUGCUUUUCCUUGCUGGAAAAGGAGAUACUACUAUUAUGUACAUGGAAGUGAUGGAUAAGGAUCCAUUCUUAGUCGAAGGAAUUCGUCAUAGCGGAGAACAAACUAAAGGUGUAUGUUUGGUGCCGAAACGAGCGCUAAACGUUAUGCAAGCAGAAGUUAAUAGAUUAUUGCAGCUCACUUCCAAUAUGGUGAUUCCUAUCAUGUAUCAAGUUCCAAGAAAAACAUAUAGAGACUUCCAUGCAGACAUAUACCCUGAUACAACAGGAUGCACUGCUCAAAACAAUGCAGCAGCUUGGAUAAAGGGUCAUAAUAUGCCUGUUCCAAAAAUAUCAUUGGAUCCUGCAAAAAGAAAUAAAGGCGAAGAAUCUGUUACUGUACACAAGGGAAACUUAACCACUCUAAAAGAGAAUGAGCGAGAAAUAAAAGUGGAAUCGCAGAGCCAGCCAAAGCCCGUGUCGAUCACUGCGCCGAAAGCUUAUGUGAAAGGUCAAGGAAUAAUCGAGAAGGAGAUGUCGCCAGAGAACGAACUGGAGAAACUAGAAGAGCCGAGGAAAGCGGAAACCGAAGAGGAUAAGAGCAAGGUUCAAAACGGAGGACAAACUAUCCCGCCGAAGCCUUUGCCGAGAACAUCUCGAACUAAUAGCAUUUCCGAGGAUGAACCGAAGCCAGUUGCACGUCCGCGUUCUUCUCCGAAUCCGGGCUCAGUAGUUACAUCUGUGAAUCCUAAUGCGAUUGGGGGAUACAAGCCUCGACUUGGACCAAAGCCGUUCCAAGCGAAAUCAGGUAGUCAAGAAUUUUCCUUCGAUAAAAUCUUCUCGGUGCCCAUUGCGCCAAACAGCGACACUAACGGUUAUCAGAACGAUAUAAACAGUCAGAUAGAGAAUAACGUAGAACCAGAAAAGUCCCCGCCGUAUAACGAACGCAUGAAAGAAAGUGAGAAUGGAAAGAGCGACUCUAGCUCGCUGGAAGAAGACGCGAACUCCAGCGAUUCAGGCUACAAGCCUAAAACACCGAGCACCGCGGAAAGACGUAAAGUCUUCGAGAUCAAAGUCAAAGACGAAUCACCCGAGAACGAAGACUUAGGCAGCUUCGAACGAAGUAAUGCCAACAGGAAUUCCAUUGCUGAGAGACGUCGACUAUACGAAAGUCGUUCCGUUUCUGUGACUGACGGCAAUUUGGCAGAGAAGGCAAUGGGUUCACCUACAAUGUUGAGACGUCGAGAUUCCUUCAAAACAAAGAGUGAAGUGAUCAAAGAAGACGAAGUCAAGAAAGUUAUACCUAUGUUGCGCCAACAGAGCAUGGACCCUAGGCUGGAGAAAAUAGACAACGCGACACCAACUGCUAAAAGAACAUCCACCGUAUUUGGUAGAGUAUCAAAGUUUCGACAUUUGAAAGGUACCCCUGGACACAAAUCUACACACAUAGAAAACAUAAGGAACAUUAGCAGGCAAAUAUCUGGAGAAUGCGACGGCUUUCAUGCUAAUCCAGACCGUGUCGCUGUGCCAUUAAGUGGUCCAGGUGGAAAAAUAGCUGUUUUGGAACUGAAAAAAACCGGUAGGCUACCUGAUGGCGUAAUGCCAGCUUUGGUACACGGUACCACGGUUAUGGAUUUCCAGUGGAAUCCAUUCGAUAAUCAACGACUCGCAGUUGCCUGCGACGAUGGAAUGAUUCGACUAUGGGAGAUCCCAGAGUCUGGAUUAUCGGAACCAACAAAUGAGCCAAAACACAUGAUCAAAGCUCAUACCGACAAAAUAUAUUUAAUUAAAUUUCAUCCAUUAGCAUUGGACGUUCUAGCAUCAGCAUCCUAUGAUAUGACCGUGAAAAUUUGGGACUUAUCCUCGCUUUCACUGAGCGAGACAGCUGUUGCAAAGAUAACAUUGGUCGGCCAUACCGAUCAAAUUUUCAGUUUAGCAUGGUCACCCUGCGGUCAGUAUCUGGCCAGUGCGUGCAAGGAUGGAAAACUGCGAAUUUAUAAGCCAAGAUCUAGCGAUUCGCCAGUGAAAUCUGGGAAAGGACCAGUUGGUACGAGAGGUGCACGAGUAGUUUGGGCAUUGAAGGGACAGUUUUUGGUUGUGAUGGGUUUCGAUAAAGUAUCAGAGAGGCAAAUAUACGUAUUUAAAACAGAUAAUCUUAACAAUCCAUUAACCACAGUUGGGCUAGACGUAUCACCUGCUAUUUUAAUGCCAUUCUAUGAUGCAGACAGCUCGACCCUUUUCUUAACAGGACGUGGGGACACUACAAUAUAUGCUUUUGAGGUAACAGAAGAACCACCCUAUUGCUGCCCACUCAGUCAUCAUCGAUGUAGCAGUUUACAUCAAGGAUUGUCUUUUCUUCCCAAAAAUAAGUGCGAUGUUGCCAGUGUAGAGUUCGCGUCUGCUUUAAGACUAACAAACAACACGAUAGAGCCUUUAAGUUUCACAGUACCCCGCAUAAAGAGUGAACUUUUCCAAGACGAUUUGUUCCCACCAACAAAAGUAACAUGGAAACACACCAUGACUGCUACCGAAUGGUUCAGUGGUGUUAACAAACAAGCUUGCAGAAUAAGUCUGAAACCACCGGGCAUGGACAACUUAACUGAGAAUCAAGGCCAAGGGGUAGUAACAGCACCAGUUGCUGCAAAACAUUCAACAACCCCAUUCUCUGUGUCCGCACAGCCCUUUACUAGACUUGGAUGGAAUCCUGACGUGAAAGCUAAACAAGAAGAGAUCCAAAAAACUAUGAGCAACUUUGUGGGAGACGUAAUACAGUGCUCAUUGGAGCAAGAUCACAUGGAAGGUGUAGAGGAGCAUGAAUGGGACGAGUGAAGAUGACGCAGUAGUAGGUCGUUUAAAUAAAAUCGGUAAGAUAAAAUGAAUCUAUACGUAGCUGAAUAAGCCGUAAUUUAUUUCUAAGUUAAAAGCCACGGGCGAAGCGAAAAAUACUUUGAUAUUAAUGUGUACACGGUAAGAGAUACUUACGAUUGGAAUGAACAUUUCCAAAACCUCCCCCAGUUUCGAAAGAGAUAACGGUAUGUGUGCAGUUUCUUGAAUGUUGAAAAAUUUUCGACCUUAUAACCAAUUUUUUUUCAACAUUUCUUCAAGUUUGGAAAUAUCUCUGUAAAAAAUGGAUAGCCGAUCAUCUUUAUCACGAACAAGUUCUGUCUGCUGCCGUAAGUACGAUUUACUCGGCAUUCAAAAUGAUUAUGUAGAAUAACUAUCAAUCAAUAGCAGUUGUACUGGAGAUAUGGAAUAACGAAUACUUUUGAAAAACUAUCGAAAUACGAAAAUAGUUUCUUUUCCAUACUUAAGGGGUGUCGUAUUUUACGAAUUACUGAAUGAUCUUUAAAAAAAACUUUGUAGUACAGGAUCGGGUUGAUUGAAUGGGGGCAAAUGUAUUGAAUUAUUUCUCUUUUCGUUCGUCAAGACAUGCUUUAGAAUGUAUUAUUUAUUGUGGAAAAGCGUACAAAGCGUACGUGCCAUUUAUUAUCCAUGAAGGAAAACGGAAACUGCUAUAGUAUAUGUAUUAUUAACCAGAAAUGGGCAUUGUUUGGUUGUAUACCCAAUCAAUUAUUUGUUGUGCUAAUUGCAUUAAUUACAUAGGAUUUCUCUGUGUUCUUUUUCUCCUUGUUAGGGAUACAGUCGUACGCAAAUGGGAAAAAAACUUAACAUAGACAAGAGAUUAGACAAAAUUGCUGUCGAUCAUUAUUUAUACAUUUGUAUGUGGCCAAACAUUGCUCACUUCUACUGUUAAAUAAUAGUGUUUAUGAUUUAUAAAAAUCAGUUUCGAUGAAAUAGUGUAAUACAAUUUAUACAUAUAUAUAGAUAUAUACAUACACAUUUGUUAGUGCCACGUAUUUUUUCUUUGAACGACAGAGCAUCAUCAAUGAUAACUUAUUAGACUUAUACAUUAUCAUAAUGUAAUCUUCAUACGUGUGAUAUUAGCGAGCAACACAUUUUUCAUUAACGAGGGAAAGAAAGGAGUUUCUACAAUAAUUCAUAAUAACCACACGCACAUGCCAUACAAGAUAAAAAAAAAAGUAAUAGAUAGAAACGUACACUAUAUUAAACUGUGAGUCAAGAUGCAAGUUACACGGUGCAAUAUACAGGAUAUUCCGGAUCGAAACCGACGAACUUCGCUAACAUAUUUGCAGAGUUUGUCGGUUUUGAUCUGGGACGCUCUGUAUAAUGUGAUGACUGAUUCAGCAUUUUCCAGACUCGAAUGUAGCGAAUGAAACAAACUUUUAUACUCUUCAAAUUGUCUUAAGGUAUUUGUAAAAAAAGAAAGAAAGAAAAAGAGGAGCGACACGGAUUCUUAAUUUAUUAUACGUCUGCGAGUGUAACAUUGAAAUGCGAAUUCUAUGUUUACCGAAGAGUAGGGAACGACGGUGGUUUAGAUGGAACAUUUCUGAUUGAAAGAUGCAUAUUUUUUCUAUCCGAUGUACCAUAAAACUUCAGUAUUUCGCUACCUAUAUGAAACUAAUUUCCCAUUUUCAUAGAAUGCAAUUGAUUAUAACAAAUUUUGUACAAAUAUAUUCUACUCGUAUACGUUUAGAUAGAAUAUUCAUUAAUGCGAUAAACAUAGUCUAAUUAUCUGUGAUUAUAGUUUCUUGUAACUGUUAAGAAUAUGCUAGUGUUCCUAGUUGUGUGAUCGAAAUCCGUUUUGUACGGAUGGACGUUCCCUCCGCUUUGGUAAGCAAAUUCCAAACGUGUUUGAACCACGCACACUUUAUACUUUUAUAUAUUUCGUCAUCAUAGUUCAGUAUCUUUGUAUGAAAAAUUGACCAAAUGGUGCUAUGCCCUCUUAAUAAGUCCUAGGAUACGUAGUCGCCAAUGAAAGUAAAAUCACAUGAAUUUUCACGCUGAAAACACAUGAUUAGUGAUGAGAUCAAGACACAUUGUAAUCGCUAUUCAUAUUAUUCGUUUGGUUACACACACAAUUAUGUUUGAAAUGUACACGAAUGUUAAAUCUAUACAUAUCAAUUGCACUGAA